UUGAUAAGGCGGAGGGGGAGAGCUGCGGGUGCUCCAGUAGAAUUGGUGGCUGCGCGGGACGGAUUCCGGGGCGGCGGCGUCGGGAGCUCUUCUCUUGUCACUGCGGCCGCCAUGAAGUCGGUCUGGGGGCUCGCUCUGGCGUGUGUGCUGCUCCUGGCCGUGUCGGUCAGAGCCGAUGAGGUGGAUGUGGAUGGGACUGUGGAAGAUGACUUGGGCAAAAGCAGAGAAGGGUCUCGAACGGAUGAUGAAGUUGUUCAGAGAGAGGAAGAAGCUAUCCAGCUAGAUGGCCUAAAUGCAUCCCAGAUCAAAGAAAUCAGAGAAAAAUCUGAGAAGUUUGCAUUUCAAGCAGAAGUGAACAGAAUGAUGAAGCUAAUUAUCAAUUCUUUAUAUAAAAAUAAAGAGAUUUUCCUGCGGGAACUUAUUUCAAAUGCAUCAGAUGCUUUAGAUAAGAUACGGUUGAUAUCGUUAACUGAUGAAAAUGCUCUUGCUGGCAAUGAGGAACUUACCGUCAAAAUCAAGUGUGAUAAAGAGAAGAACAUGCUUCAUGUUACAGACACGGGUAUUGGCAUGACAAAGGAGGAGUUAGUUAAAAACCUGGGUACCAUUGCAAAGUCUGGUACGAGUGAAUUCUUAAACAAGAUGACUGAAAUGCAGGAUGAUAGCCAGUCAACAUCUGAGUUAAUUGGCCAGUUUGGUGUUGGCUUUUAUUCUGCUUUCUUAGUAGCAGACAGAGUUAUUGUCACAUCAAAACACAACAAUGAUACUCAGCAUAUUUGGGAGUCAGAUUCAAAUGAAUUCUCUGUGAUCAAUGACCCAAGAGGGAACACCUUAGGACGUGGCACAACCAUAACCCUUGUCUUGAAGGAGGAAGCAUCUGAUUACCUUGAGCUGGACACAGUUAAAAAUCUAGUGAAGAAAUACUCCCAGUUCAUAAACUUCCCCAUAUAUGUGUGGAGCAGCAAGACAGAGACUGUUGAAGAACCCAUUGAAGAGGAGGAAGCAAAGGAGAAAGAAGAAGAAGAAACAGAUGAUGAAGCAGCAGUUGAAGAAGAGGAGGAAGAAAAGAAACCAAAAACUAAGAAGGUUGAAAAGACUGUCUGGGAUUGGGAGCUCAUGAAUGACAUAAAACCAAUCUGGCAGAGACCAUCCAAAGAAGUUGAAGAAGAUGAAUACAAAGCUUUUUACAAAACCUUUUCCAAGGAACAUGAUGACCCGAUGGCAUACAUCCACUUCACUGCUGAAGGGGAAGUCACUUUCAAAUCCAUCUUGUUUGUUCCUAAUUCUGCUCCACGUGGACUGUUUGAUGAAUAUGGAUCCAAAAAAAGUGAUUUCAUUAAGCUGUAUGUUCGAAGAGUGUUCAUCACUGAUGACUUUCAUGACAUGAUGCCCAAGUAUCUUAACUUUGUUAAGGGUGUUGUGGAUUCUGAUGAUCUUCCUUUGAAUGUAUCCCGUGAAACUCUUCAGCAGCAUAAAUUGUUAAAGGUGAUCAGAAAGAAACUUGUUCGCAAAACUCUUGAUAUGAUCAAGAAAAUUGCAGAGGAAAAAUACAACGACACAUUCUGGAAAGAGUUUGGCACUAAUGUGAAGCUUGGUGUUAUUGAGGAUCACUCCAAUCGUACCCGGCUCGCUAAACUUCUGCGCUUCCAGUCGUCUCAUCAUGAAAGUAACCUCACAAGCCUUGAUCAGUAUGUGGAAAGAAUGAAAGAGAAGCAAGACAAAAUCUAUUUCAUGGCUGGUGCCAGCAGAAAGGAGGCUGAGUCCUCACCAUUUGUUGAGCGUUUGCUGAAAAAGGGCUAUGAAGUGAUCUAUCUGACUGAACCUGUAGAUGAAUACUGUAUUCAGGCUUUGCCAGAGUUCGAUGGCAAGAGGUUUCAGAAUGUAGCAAAAGAAGGAGUUAAGUUUGAAGAAAGUGAAAAGUCUAAAGAGAGUCGAGAAGCCUUGGAAAAGGAAUUUGAGCCCCUCUUAAACUGGAUGAAAGACAAAGCUCUCAAAGACAAGAUUGAGAAAGCUGUGUUAUCUCAACGUUUAACCCAAUCUCCAUGUGCUCUUGUGGCUAGUCAGUAUGGAUGGUCUGGUAACAUGGAGAGAAUCAUGAAGGCUCAAGCUUACCAGACUGGGAAGGAUAUAUCUACAAAUUAUUAUGCCAGCCAAAAGAAGACAUUUGAAAUUAACCCCAGGCAUCCACUGAUCAAGGACAUGCUGAGGAGGGUCAAGGAAAAUGAAGAUGACAAAACUCUUUCAGAUCUUGCAGUGGUAUUGUUUGAAACUGCAACUCUGAGAUCAGGAUAUAUGUUGCCGGACACUAAGGAAUAUGGGGACAGAAUAGAAAGGAUGCUUCGUUUGAGUUUAAACAUUGACCUGGAUGCAAAGGUGGAUGAGGAACCUGAAGAGCCUGAAGAUGCAGCUGAGGAGGCAGAGCAGGAUGAAGAGGAACUGGAUGCUGAUGCUGAGGACAGUGAUACACAGAAGGAAUCCACAGAUGUGAAAGAUGAACUGUAAACUACACUCAACUACUGUCCUGCAUUGGGGGGUUAGGAGGGAAUAUGAAUUAGAUUGUUUUGUUUUUUUCCACUGUAAAAUGUUGAUGGGUGGUAUGGGGUUUUAAGGGUAAAGGAGAUCUUUUUUUUUAAGUUCACUUUUCUAAAAACAUUCCUCAUGAAUGUAAAUUUGUAUUAUUUAACUGACAUGGUGUCAAAUCUUGUCAUGUACAAAAUAAAAUGUUCCCAAACACCA